AUGCGUCGACAACUGGAUGGUUUUGAUAGCCCUUGUAUUUCAGAACGGGAGUAUGUAAAGCUCCAGUACGGCCGUAAAAUCGCUCAGGAUACUUGUCUCCUAGCCACUAUGAAAACUCCAGACUGGUCACACGGGUCUCCUGCAUUUAUUGGCAAACACAAUAUAGUUCCAUGCACUGUGACCACCAAUUCUGGCAAUUCCACUCUUAAAAUGUAUCCUUACUCGGUGUAUUCAUGUGCUUGUCAAUCGGAUCUCAGUCGAUGUCACAAAUAUCGAUCGAAUUACUUGAGACAUCGUUGCCUGUCUGGUCCGACAGUUGCUAUGCUGCUUCCAACAGCGAGACACGAAUCCACAUAUCUUUCACGCACUGCUGUCCACUCCUCAGUAUUUCAAAGCUGUGGUCGCGGAGUAAUAGACCAAUCUAUUCCGUUGUCUCAUUUAGUAAUUUCACACUCUUCAGGACCGAAGAUGACGUCAAACUUAUCACAUCUCGAUAUAUGUCCUAAGCCGCUUCCUUUUUUUGAACCUAACUACUUGUCCAGUACUGAAUUUCAUUCUACUCACGCAUCUCAUUCACGUUUUGCGUGUAGCUAA